CGUCACACACGCGUACACAGGUCCGGCCACACCUCUCCCUGGCCCUCUUCCUGGCCCUGAGGCCUGAGCAUGUGGAUGGAUGGUCGGUUUGGCAUGCCGGUGUUGGUCUUGUCGGCCGCACAGCCAGUGUUUAGGCCGCUUUUAGGCCUAUGGCGUGGGGGCCCCCUCCCCCGCGCUGCUGACUUGCACGAGCGGUACCUGGUGUUGUCCACGUGCCCACGCCGUGUUGGGCGAAUACGCUAACCUUCACUGUAUGGACGUGCAAGGACGUGCGGGGGCUAGGCGUCGGACCAUGCUGCUGAGGCCGUUAGGCCCAUCGAUGCUCGGGCACAUGGCGUCCAUUACCCCUUUGAAGUAGCCCGGAAAACGGGAGACACUGUCUAACGCUUCCACACCAUCAACUCUUUCCUCAGACUUUGGUUUCGAUCAAGUCCAAACUAGAAUGGCUCGACGAGCCUUGCACAUUACCGCUUUCGCGAUUUUGCUCACGUCUCUGCCGCUCUUAGCGAUCGCCGACCCUGAGGACAGCUAUGCAGAUCUGGCUGCUCGCGUGGUGCCGGCGAAAUUGCGGCAAGCCCUAAAGCUGCUGCCGUGCUUGACCGCGGACACGGGCCCCGGCGAGGUCAAGCCGCUGCGUGUGUCACUGCUGGAGGCGCGCGAGCAGCUGGACGUGUUCAGCUUCGCCUUCCCCAACCGCAUCCGAGACGCGGAGCCCCUGGCGUCCGCCGAGGUGCUCACCACCUGGGGUCGCGUCAAGGCCGCCAUCGGCGAGCUCCUGAGGGCCAUUGUCGACUGGAUCAACAAACACGUGAUCGACACAGGCGUCAGGGGGCUGGUGCGGCGCGGGGAGCCGCAGCAGCAGCAGCAGCAGCAGCAGCUGCAGGCCGCGGCUGACACGGCAUACCACCGGCACAAGGGGCGGGACCUGUGGCUGGACAUGCGUGCGGACCUGGAUGAGGGGUACGAGGUGCUGGGGGACUUCCAGGACCUGGACCACUCGCUUGUGGAGUACAACCAGACUGACAUGGAGGUCAAACGGGCCGUGUGCCUGGACUGGCAGAGGCGCAUCAGCCGCCACAGCGCCACUGACCGCUAUCUGGAGUUUGUGAGCACGCCGCUGCACUCGGACGAGCUGUACACGCACAAGCACUCCAGCAAGCUGUUUUGGGGCUACAACGGCGUCACUCCCGACACGGCGCUGACCGGGCUGCAGAACCUGGCGCUGAUGAUGCGGAGCAGUCAGCUGGCCCAGCUGCUGGCCUGGUACCCCAAUGUGACGGCGCUGCAGCCCGAUGACCUGCUGCAGGACCCCGGCCACACCACCUUCCACAAGUUUCGCAAGCUAAUCAGGUCUAUUCUGGCGGUCCUGGCGGAGUUCCCCGAGCUGCUGGGCCCCGGCCGCAAGGAACCACACACCCGUGUCGCAGAGGUGGAGGGGGAGGCGCGGGCUGCCGCCGCGGCCACCACCCUGGCUGCGCGGCGCGCCCUCUCCAGCUACUCCAGCAGCAGCAGCAGCAGCAGCAGCCUGCAGCUACGCCGCAGCGGCGGCGGCGGCAGUGGCAGUGGCAGCCGCAAUGACGGUGUGGCGGUGCGGGACCCGUGUGACGCGGGUGCGGCGCUGAAGGCCCUCCAGCGCCUGUUCCACGACCUGGGCCAGACCAACGACAAGGUAUUCGCCUACCAGUUCUACUCCUCCCGCGGCGCCGAGUGGGCUGCCGAGGCGGAGGAGGCGCACCAGCAGGCGGCGGAGGGCUGGUCUGACAACCUGGACUUCAUGGCCUCGGCGCAGGUUGACGUCAUGGCUCGGUGCAUUGCCGCCACACUGCCGCGGGGGGAGCAGCCGCUGCCCCAGCGCCGCCGCCGCCACAUGUAGAGCUAGGCGGGUGGGCAUUUGCAGCCCUUGUACUACCCGCAAUGGAUCAUAAAUACAUUUUACAGCCGUUGCAGCGCGUGCUGCAUGCAUUCAUGCUAGCGUUGGUUCUUUCACGGCGCUUAAAACAGCCGCAGUAGCCCGGUGGAGUAGCAGUCAGACGUGCAAACGUAUAAGGAUGUUGGGGGCUAAGCUGCGCGCUCGCGUGCGCUCGCGCGCACACGCCCAGCUACUGUGCGUAGCUGCUGCGGUGGCGGCGCCAGUGACUCCAAUCAUGUGCUGCGACCCAGCAAAACUGUUGUGUGCGCAUGCGUUUCAGUAAGUUGGGAGCGCUUGUUGGCGGCAGGAGUUUGUGGUGCAGGGGUAGUCAAGUUGUUGAUCGUGUCUGAGGCCUGUUGCACGCUCGGCACUUUGAUUCGAGGCUGGCAUGGGUACUGCUGCUCGAGAGCACGCAUCGCUGGGCUGUGUGUUGGGCUUCUGGGACUGGGAUGCAGACGUGUUGCUCAAAUGCAGUUUGCAACAAGCGCGGGCCUCACAGUGCCCUCCACGGGUGCGACAGCCCCCAUUGUGUAUAAGGGCCAUCCGUGGCUCUCGCCAACGCGGCGCCCCCACACGCGAACAAUGUGUUGGGCUUGCGCCUAGGACAGACGACCACUUAGGACGCUGUAUGAGGGCCAGCGCUAAGACAGGAUCAACCUUAUCUAGCUCCUUACAUGAACGGACCUAGGCCGGACGGCUGGGGAGUUGCUUUUAUUCCGGUUGCACCCGGGGGUUGCAUCUAUCCGUAUUGAUGUGUUGCGGGGGCUUGCAGGCGUGGUUAAGAUGCUUUUGCAAGGGUUGGCUAGCUCUUAAGCCCGGGCGCAUCAUUGCAUCGGCCUCUUUUGAUGCUACUGUAAGGUUUGGCUGAU